GGCCAUGAGCGCGGCCGGGCUCGUGUCCGCGCCGCCCGCAGCCCCGCCGGGGCCGCCCGCCCCCGCCAUGGCCCCCGCGCCCGACUACUACGAGGAGGAGGAGCUGGAGAGCGCCGAGGAGGAGGACGGCGAGCGGAGCGCCCGGGCCCGCGACUCCGACGAGGCAAGGUUUUUUUUGCCUCAUUCAGACACGGAGGAUGCCAGCGAAACAGACCUGGCAAAGCAYGAGGAGGAGGAUUUUGUAGAAAUGAAAGAACAGAUGUAUCAGGACAAGCUGGCAUCUCUGAAGAGGCAGUUACAGCAAUUGCAGGAAGGUACUCUUCAGGAAUAUCAGAAAAGGAUGAAAAAGUUGGACCAGCAGUACAAAGAGAGGAUACGAAAUGCAGAACUGUUCCUGCAGCUGGAAACAGAUCAGGUGGAGAAAAAUUACGUGAAGGAAAAGAAAGCAGCAGCAAAGGAGUUUGAGGAUAAGAAAAUUGAGCUGAAGGAAAAUCUGAUUGCAGAGUUGGAAGAGAAGAAGAAGAUGAUUGAGAAUGAAAAGCUAACCAUGGAAUUAACAGGAGAUUCGAUGGAAGUGAAGCCCAUUAUGACGAGGAAACUGAGACGGCGACCAAACGAUCCCGUUCCUAUCCCAGACAAGAGGAGGAAACCUGCUCCUGCUCAGCUAAAUUAUUUGUUGACUGAUGAGCAAAUAAUGGAGGACCUGAGAACACUGAAUAAGCUUAAAUCACCCAAGAGACCAGCCUCCCCCUCCUCUCCCGAGCACCUCCCAGCUACACCAGCAGAGUCUCCAGCACAGCGCUUCGAGGCUCGGGUAGAAGAUGGAAAACUCUACUAUGACAAGAGAUGGUACCACAAGAGCCAAGCUAUUUACCUGGAGUCUAAAGAGAACACGAAGCUGAGCUGUGUGAUCAGUUCUGUGGGCGCCAACGAGAUCUGGGUGAGGAAAACUAGCGACAGCACCAAGGUGAGGAUCUACCUGGGGCAGCUGCAGCGGGGAGUGUUCGUGAUCCGCCGGCGCUCGGCCGCCUGACUCUGCUCCCGCUGGCCUUUUCCUGGUUUUUAACAGAUCACCAAACCUCUGCCAGGGRCUGCCAGGCUGCUCCCUCCUCCCAGCGGCAGGGAACAGUCCUGACCUCUGAUGAGACACUUUGUGGCUGGCCACAUAAUCCCCAGUAGUCCUUAAACCUUUAGUGAUGCCCAAGCACUGCCCUGGACUAUUUCUGGAUUUUGCAUCAAGCUUCUGUAUGCUCUCUUUGUAUUCCGGGUGACUGUUUGAGAGGACUUUGCAUCACUCUCCUUUUCAUCGUCGUUUCGUGGUGCACAGGUGAGACUUGUGUGUCAAAACCAUCAUCAUGUUUCUGUUGGAAGUCAGACCGCUGGGAGAAGCUUUGCUUGUCAAGACUUGAGGCUGUUCAUCCUUCUUUUGGCCUUGUUUUCCUGCAAGGCUCAGGAUUUUGGGCAAGAGAUGAAUCCUGACAGGUUUCAGCCGCAGCUGAGAGAUGCUUCCAGAACACGUGGUGCACGACAUCAGCUUUAUUGGAUGGACUGUUGAAAGAUUGAAGCGCUGAGACUUUUUUAGGAGGGUGUGAACAGCUCAGAAACUGCUGAAAAUACCGUGAUUUUAAYGUAGCUCAGAGUCACGCGUGGUCGGUCAGAGCUUCUGUUUCUCUUUACAUUAAAAAGCCCUUCAUGAACAAGCAGAGUAUGUCUGUUUGCUGAUAGAGAUGACCUGGAAGAGGUGGAUGAGUUAAUUACUGGAGUAAUUACCUGGUUUUGCUGAUAGCAGGGCUCUAUGAAUGUUUAUGAUCACAGAUGUAGAGAGGCAAAAGAUCAAUUUCACUUUUUUCAUCAAUGCUCAGAAUAACAGGUUAUGGUGAGAUCCUGCUGACAGGAGAUCCUGGAUCUCUUAUAUCUUCACAAGGAGCCUGGUACAGAGGAAAAGUGGCACUGACAUGUUUUAGCUGGAACCUUCAUACCCUUAAACGCUGUGCAAAGGGUUCCCCUUGAAGGCUGUUUUAACAAUGGGAGGUAACUCUGGGUUUCUACAUUUGCCCUCCUGUAGCACAAGUGAAAAUGCUCAAAUAAUGAUGUUAUGGCACUCCCAAGGUGUUAAAAGAUGUAUCUCUGGCAUUCCUGUAUUAUUCCCAGUCAUUUGCUGAUGUCUGGAACCACCCCAUGCCACAUGUGACUGCCUUGGCAGGAGCCCCACAGUGCCCUGGCAGCGCUGUCACAUCUCUGCCUUCAGUGCAGAACACCCUCGUGCUCCUUUUGGUUACUAGUCAAAAAGUUGGAAAUCCUGUCUUUCUYAAUAUCUGUCACUUCGAGGCAUACUUUGUUUUGCUUUUGAGCUGCCUUUCUGUUCCACAUCAGUCGAGCCUUUCUUGUCUGGAUAAAUGGAGUCAGGAGAGGGGAGGUGUGAUGCCUGUGCCCAUUUCUUUCCUGCAGUUGGGUGGCAGUCACACCCCAAAAACUGCAGCCUGUACGUGGGUGUGGAGUGGGGUGUGAUGGCUGAGUUCCUGCUGUGACAGCCACCUGACUGGGUUUUUGCUGUGUUUGGGGUUUGGGCUGGAUCUGGAGCUGUGGCAGGGAAGGAGAGGGUGUUUCCCACCCCUUGACAAGGUGCCAUCUCUGCUGCAGCUUAGGCAGGCAGAAAGCAGCGGGCUGCAUUUUGGCAAGUUAACAGCUUACUUAAUAUAACUUCACAUUCCCUGCACAUGUGACAGGUUUUUGAUAAGGUGAUGAUGGACCAGACAGGAUUUGUCACUGAGACUUAAAAUGAGCAUCGCUCUAAUAAUAAAAAGUGCUGAGGAAGUAGCAGGAUUUAUUUCCUGUCUCUAUCACUUUAUCAAUACCUAUAUUUGUGGGAAGAGCUGGAGACUUGGAUUCAGUGGUGGGGAGAUCCAACAGCCAUCUGCUGCUGUGGUGUUCUCUGUUUUGGGGUAAUUUUGGGUAUUAAUGGGAGUGUGGAUGGGUGGCAUCCCCCUGAUGGGAUGUCAGGGUGUGUUGGAUGGAGACAGAGGCUCCAUGAGCUGGUGGUGAACCAGGGCAAACCCUGAUCUCRAUCUCUUCUUCUUCCACACCAAUCUCGGCCCUCCAGGAAGGAUUUUGACAACUUCCUCCUGUCAGAAUUCCUUGCUGGUUUCCCCAGUGCCCCGGGUCAACCUUUGAACCUUUAAUUUCUGCUUCUAGCAAUGCUGAGAAUGGGCUUUUUCUGUUGUAAAYGGCUCAAUCUUAACUGCUACGCUGAAGGAAUUUUAUUUAUAGGCCACUUCAUCCUCAGUUUCUUAAUGAAAUGAAAGUCUGCCUUGCCUSUGUCGAUCACCAUAAAGAGUAGAUCUAUCUCACAGAGUACAUGAAUAUUUGUAUCCUGGAUUUUUUUAUCCUGGCAGGCUGUUCUGUAAUGGCCCAAGCCAAUUGUGAGGCUGGAAGUGAUAAAGUGCAGUGCCUCGCUGUGUGCUCAGGGAAGCAAGUGCAUUUUUUUUAAUCCUAAAAGGAUGCACAAGUAGUUCUGUGGCAAGGAUGAGGCAUGUGGAGAUCAAGAGUAGAGACAUCAGCUGUAGAAUUGAAGAUUUCCUGCCAUGGGUUGGAAAAAUAGAGACAAGUUAUUCAAGGAGAUGGACAAGGUCUUGCUUGAAUUCUAGAGGAAAAUUGGCUUUUCUGUCUGCUCUUGGCCUGCCUAUCAUCAGUCUUGAAGGAUCCCAACCCUCUGAACAGAAAGAGCUUUGCUGCAGGUAUGAAACAAUUUAAUCCUCAUUAUGAACAGCAUUCAAAGCAAAUUUAGGCAACGGCUUUAACUCGUCAUUAUAGUAAUUUUGAAGAAAGGUGAACCUUCUGCCAAAAAUAGACUUUUACUGAGGGUUAAACUGUAGUUGGCUGUUGACUCAUAUUAAGCUUUUUUUUUUUUUUUAAUUAUUAUUGCCUUGAGAAAUGGACUGUGAUGUUGAUAUGUGUAAAAUAAAAAAGACUUACCCCCCAGCCAUUAGAUGUCCCAAUGGAAGGAAGCCAGAUCAGGGAGCCAAAUUCCAGGGGCUUUUUGACAUCAUACUCCUGGAAAGGUUUCCAAAGAGGCUUUUUCCAAGGACAAAUGCUAAUAAAUGAAAUUGUCUUUCUUAGUUUAUGUGCUCUGCCUGGAAUUUUGUAAAGAGACAAAGGGAUUUAAUGGCAGAAACUUUCAUUGUUUGUCUUGUUCUUUUUGUAAAUUUCUGGGAAAGUUGAAGAAAAUAAAGCCUAAAAGAGCAAGAAACAGCUGUGACCCUUGUGA